UACCUGGCCAGUGGCUCCGGAGACACCACUGUGCGCUUCUGGGAUCUCAGCACCGAGACACCCCAUUUCACAUGCCAGGGUCAGUAUGCAGUUAGCCAUUUAGAGGGAGGGUCUUAACCCAGUGGUAGGUGGGUGAUCAUUUACUCAGCUCUUUAGUUUCUGAGGAGGCCCAGAGCCAAUUCAACCCCUUAACCCAGUUAGCAGCUGCCUGUUCCUAUGUAGAGGCUAUCCUUGAACCCAGCCAGCCACUUCCAGAGACUGGACCAGAGAGUCAGUGUGGGGUUGUGAGUUGUGCUGAGUAGCAAGGAGAACCUGCCUUAAAUCCAACCCCCACCACAGUGGUUCUCAAACUUGAGCACUGGAAUCAGCAGGGAGGCUUGUUAACCUACAGGUUGCUGGGCGCCACCCCCGAGUUUUUGUCUCUUUAGUUCUGGGAUGAGGCCUGAGAAUUUGCAUUUCAAGUUUCCAGCUGGUGCUGAUGCUGCUAGUUUGAGGUCACACUAGCUGGGUGUGGGUAGGGCCUGCUCCCUAAGCUUCAGUUUUGUCAUCUGGAAAAUUGGGAAUAAUUUUUGCUUUGCUCCAUACCCUUAAGCAAAUUCCAGAGCACAUCACACAUAGAGUAGUUACUGGUUGGUGAAAUGUGUUUUAGUUUCACGUGUAUGUAUGAGUAUACUAGGUUUCCAGGUAGCAUGCAUUUCUUACUUUUGGUCAAGGUAAAAAAAAAAAAAAAAAAAAGGAUUUGAAACUUUAUACCACGUAUCAUGGAAGGAAUUAUUAGAAAGCGGAAGUACUAUCUAUGCAGCAGGAUGCACGGCUGUAGCACUUGGGAUGAAUUCUUCCUUUGCCUAGAAAGCUGCGUCUCCCCUUUUGUUUGACCAAUCAUUUAUUCUCGGGCUAGUUGAGGAGUUUCUGCAGCGUGUCAGGCAUGCUAGGCACUGGGGAUAAAGACAGAUAUGUGCUCCUUGCUUUCUCCCUCCCCUGCUUUCCUAGGACACAGACACUGGGUCCUUAGCAUAUCCUGGUCCCCAGAUGGCAAGAAGUUGGCCUCGGGCUGCAAGAAUGGCCAGAUUCUCCUGUGGGACCCAAGCACAGGGAAGCAGGUGGGCAGGCCCCUCGCUGGCCACAGCAAGUGGAUCACAGGCCUGAUCUGGGAGCCCCUCCACGUGAACCCCGAGUGCCGCUAUGUGGCCAGCAGCUCCAAGGAUGGCAGCGUGCGGGUCUGGGAUACAACUGUGGGCCGCUGUGAGCGCAUCCUCACCGGGCACACACAGUCAGUCACCUGUCUCCGGUGGGGAGGGGACGGGCUUCUCUACUCUGCCUCCCAGGACCGCACCAUCAAAGUCUGGAGGGCUCACGAUGGUGUGCUGUGCCGGACCCUGCAAGGCCACGGCCACUGGGUGAACACCAUGGCACUCAGCACUGACUACGCCCUGCGCACGGGUGCCUUCGAGCCAGCUGAGGCCUCGGUUAACGCCCAAGAUCUCCGAGGGUCCUUGCAGGAGUUGAAGGAGAGGGCUCUGAGCCGAUACAGCCUCGUGCGGGGCCAGGGCCCAGAGAGGCUAGUGUCUGGUUCAGACGACUUCACCUUAUUCCUGUGGUCCCCAGCAGAGGACAAGAAGCCCCUCGCACGGAUGACGGGACACCAGGCCCUCAUCAACCAGGUGCUCUUCUCCCCUGACUCCCGCAUCAUCGCCAGUGCCUCCUUUGACAAGUCCAUCAAACUAUGGGAUGGCAGGACAGGCAGGUACCUGGCUUCCCUGCGUGGCCAUGUGGCUGCUGUGUACCAGAUUGCAUGGUCAGCCGAUAGCCGGCUCCUGGUCAGUGGUAGCAGUGACAGCACGCUGAAGGUGUGGGAUGUGAAGGGCCAGAAGCUGGCUGCUGAUCUUCCAGGCCACGCAGAUGAGGUAUAUGCUGUCGACUGGAGUCCAGAUGGCCAGAGAGUGGCAAGUGGUGGGAAGGACAAAUGCCUCCGGAUAUGGAGGAGAUGAGAAAUCCCAAGUUCUUGGACUCCCACCUGGACUCAGCUGCUGCCAGUGCCCGCCCUGACAGAGACCAAAGGCCAGGGUGGUGCCCCUGUGAACCAGUGUGGUCUGCUGUCCUUGGACAGACCCCAGUGAGGUCCCUCCCCAGAGCAGGAGGUCGAAGUUACGGGAAAAUAUCACUGGGCUCAGCCGUUGGCCGUUACUCCGUACCUUGCUUGGGGGGGGGGGGGGGGGGGGCGCAGGCAGUGACCAGACCCUUGCUGCUGUCCCUCCUCCUUUCCUGAAUGUUCUCUCUAUAUUCAGCAUCAGACCCUGGAUCCUGUGACCAAAUAAAUAACUUCUAUUUUGUGUGUUCGGGU